GGGGUCGGGCGCGUUCUGAGGGUGCCGGGUCCUGAAGAGUGAAGACCUAAAUCCAAGGUCAUGGCAAAGCACCUGAAGUUCAUUGCCAGGACUGUGAUGGUACACGAAGGGAACGUGGAAGGUGCAUACAGAACCCUGAACAGAAUCCUCAGCAUGGAUGGGCUCAUUGAGGACAUUAAACGACGAAGAUACUAUGAGAAACCUUGCCGCAAGCGACAGCGGGAAAGCUAUGAAACCUGCAGGCGGAUCUACAACAUGGAAAUGGCUCGAAAGAUCAACUUUUUGAUGCGAAAGAAUCGGGCAGAUCCAUGGCAGGGCUGCUGAGACUCGGAUAGAAGGCCCACAUCCAGUUUGUCUCCACCUGUUUCUCUAUAAUAAACUCAAAUCAACUAUAUGCAAGAAAACUUGCAUGUAGAGAAGCAACCCCACUGGUCAGCAGUAGACUUUCUUAUUAAGUGAAAGAGAAACAGUCCAAAAGUAGUCUAGGAGUAGAAUGGUGGUGGUUAAAGGAUAGGGAAGGGGGCUAUCAGCAAUUGUUUAAUGUCAGUUUGCAAAUCUGAAAGCAUUCUGAAGAUAGAUGGUGAUGAUUGCCAAAAAAAAAAAAGUUAAUGUACUUAAUGCCACUGAAUUACACACUUUAAUAGUUUUAAAAUGGUAAUUUUUGUAAAAGUAUUUACAAUAUGUUUAAUUCUAGGGUAUGUAAGGAAAAUUUACAAACUCUGGUGGGACAUAUACCUACCAUACCACUUUUAUGAACCCUAAAGCAAAAUCUUAUUGGAAAAGCAUCAGUUACUUUUUACUGAGCUACUCCCCGCAUCCCUGUGCAACCAUUGAACAAAGACGAGAGGAAUUAUUUAUGUAUUUGGAAUAAGUCUGCUUCCAAAAUACCUUAA